ACAGCCAAUUGGUAGUUGUUUACAUAUUAUAGAUGGAGAUGAGGUUCUUGUUCCGUGCCUUGACUUUGGUGUUCAUGGUGGCUUUGGGAGAAGCAGUUGGUGAUAGAAUGAGAUGGACCAGAAAGGAGAUGGUGGAGAUAGCUGGCUACGGCGAACUCAAACUUUCCUCCGUCAUCCUCACCGCCUCUCUCCUCUCUUCCUCCUCCGACCCUAUUUCUGGUGCUACCGUUGGCAUCAUGUGCCAUACUGGACAUAGGAGGAGAUCCAAAGUGAUCAAAGCUGUCACAAAUGAGUUUGGGCAAUUCACCAUCGAUCUUCCUUCUCACCUACAUGCAAUUCCUGACCUAGGCAAGGCGUGUUCCAUCAAACCACUCUCUGUUCCUAAACCAUAUCGAUGCUCUCCCAAGAUUCACAGAGGUAUCAAACUCGUUUCUUCCUCUAACGGCUUGCGCUUCUAUACAGCAGGCAACAUCACCUUACACUGAGUACCAUGUUAAUAGAUAUUUUAAUCUUGUCUUUAAUUUUUCUUACAUGAUUCCUUCUCACUUCUUGUGAGAUAGAGAAACAGUCUUUGUAUAUAAUCUAUUCGUAUUUUCUGUAAUCUAUUUAGAGAAUGGGUAAAAUUUUAUUUCUUUUCUUUUUGGAUAUCUAAUGAUAUCUUCUCUCUUUUCUUGUAACGUUUAAUAAGUUUGUAUCUUUCCGAAUAUUUGUUCCAAGCAGUGUU